AGCAGAGAAAGAGAGAGACAGAGAGAGAGAGAGAGAGAGAGAAUAAGAAAAAGAAAAAGAAAACAGCGCUUUAGUAUCAGUUAUGGAAGGUGUGUAUCCCGACGUGUUUGUUUAUACAUUUGUUUAUUUACGGUUUCCGUUCAGAAUGUUUUUCAGCACUCGGUUUGCCUUUCACGCCAUGUUGUCCACAAUUGAAGUGCGACCACAAAUUAAGUGGGUUUAGGCUGAGAAGGCUGUGCUAUGGACACAGUUGAAAACAGUUAUGAGAAGAGACCUGUGAAAACGAGGGAAUAGUAAUGGACUUCUGAGAGAGCCGUAUGUAACCAUCUCUUUCUUCUUGUCGGUUGAUUGAAACUGUGUGACAGAAGGACGGAGGAAACGCGUCUGUUUUUCACCUCUCCUCUCAAAAGGACUACUGAAUCCAGAUACUGUCAAAUCUGCUGUUGUGAAGUGCACCAUCUUAAUUUCAUUUCUGCAUUGCAACCCAAGGAGAAAGAACACCCCUGUUAUCAUUUACUCCUCGGCUCAGUGUGAGAUUCUGCGCCACUUUGUGACUGGGGUGUUGGGAGUGGAGAGGCUUUGGCUUUCAUACCCAUCACUGCAAAGUUUUGUGUUUUUUUUUUUGUUGUUGUUGUUGUUUCCUCCUGAAUUCUUGCCUCAGCUCACCGUGUCAUCAUCAGCAUGGCUUUACCGGAUAACUCCAGUGGCAUUUCAGACGAGCUGGCUUUUCCAGAGAUUAUUGAACUCAACGUAGGGGGCCAGGUAUACAUAACUCGUUACUCGACUCUCACUAGCGUCCCUGAGUCACUCUUAUGGGAGAUGUUCAGCCAGAAAAGCGCCAAGAGCCUGGCGCGUGACACAAAGGGCCGCUUUUUUGUCGACCGCGACGGCUUCCUGUUUCGCUAUAUCCUGGACUACAUGCGAGACCAGCAACUUGUUCUGCCUGACCAUUUCCCAGAGCGAGGGAGACUACAGCGAGAGGCCGAGUACUUCAACCUUCCUGAGCUAGCCAAGCUUCUGGCUCCGAAGAUCAGCAAGCAGAACUCGCUGGGUGACGACGGAUGCCAGAGUGACACGGAGGAGUCGUCACCGAGUGCUGACGCUAGCCGAAACCUGGCGGCGUUGGGAACAGCGACCUGCAGCAGCCUAGUAGCCGGCGACGGCAAGCGCACCGGGUUCAUCACAAUUGGCUAUCGAGGCUCCUACACGCUGGGCCGUGAUAGCCAAACCGACGCUAAGUUCCGCCGUGUGGCCCGGAUCAUGGUAUGCGGGAAGACGUCGUUGGCCAAAGAGGUUUUUGGGGAAACCCUGAACGAAAGCCGUGACCCUGACCGGCCGCCGGAGCGGUACACCUGUCGCUACUAUUUGAAAUUCACGUUCCUCGAACAAGCUUUCGACAAGUUGGCUGAUGCUGGCUUUCACAUGGUGGCCUGCAACUCGACAGGCACGUGCGCGUUCACACAUGACCAAACUGAUGACAAGAUCUGGACCAGCUACACGGAAUACGUUUUCUACCGUGAGUGAGACCAGACCUGUGUUCCUGACCCUUCUCCUCCCAAACCUACUUGCCUCUCUCUGAGAAUGUGCUCCCUUAGAUGCAGAUGCUUCUAGAUCACCAUCCCAAACCAAACCUCCAACCAGACUUGCCCUUGAUACUUCAUGUCACUUCCCCUCUCUUCAAACCAACUCUGUCCCUUCAGCUAGAAACAGCUCCUGAUACAUGUCUAAUCAUUUCUGGCCUUCGUGAAGUACUCUGUCAUGCUGUCGGGUUUCAAUUUCGUGGCGUUCUGUUGCUUUUAAACUGGCACAAGGCCGGCAGAAAGGGCUUGGAACGGGCCUCUCUGUAUCUCCAAGUAGCCUUUGCACCAAACUAUAACAAUGGCAUUCCUCUCAUCAGUCCAUCACAUAAGUGGACGUUCACGGCUUGCUUGAAUGUUGGUUCUCUGUAAUGACAAGUCGUUGUAAUCUUAAGCUAAAUAUUUUGGGACCAAGCCAUUAGGAAACCAGCAGGUAGACAGGCCAGGCGUAUGAACCCUAAAGCAAAUCUGUUUGAUUGUUAGACAAGCACGUCGUUCUGAAUCUGCAAUGCCACUGCAUGUAAAUAAGCAACAGUUGCCACUACGGCGCAAGAAGAUCGAACGAUCUGCAGUGCUUUUCGUUUCUGUCAAUCCACAGCAGUCCACGUGCGUUCAUAAGACAAGAUGUUCGCGUCACGCUGUUGUAAUUCUAACUAAGCACAAAGUGUCACACCAGAAGGGGGAUUUGCCUUCUUGCCAAAGCACAUCAAGGGCUGAACUCUGAGCAGGAGGCUAUGGAACACAGACAAAAAAAGGAUUAAGGUGUUGCCUGAAAUCUGCUCAGUAAAGCCUGAUGAGAUGUAUUGAUAGCGACAUGAGGCAAUUUCUGUGUCUGGUCUCCAGCCGCACACUUUUAUUAUGCCUUUUAAGGGAUUUAAAAAAUAAUAAUAAUUUCCCUACCAUGUGUAUGUAACGUUACACCAUUUAGAAUUCUUUCUUCGUAAGGAACAGAUACUGCAGUUGUAUCAGCAUAUUUUCUUCUUUUUUUUUUUUACGGUUAGCUUGAGUCGAUUAUUUAGCGCUUCAAUUCCAUUGACAGAACGUACAGAUUUACGUAAGAAAGCCCGAGAAGUCCGAGAAGUUUAGGUUAAGUGAAGACGCGUGUCAGCAACAGGGCAGAUUCUAAGGAGUAUAAAAGGGUGUGAAAAACAAACAAACAAACCUGAGAUUAGAAUUAGAUUAGGCAGAAUACGUUUUCAGGUCCACCCUCAGGAUAAUUCUGGAUUUGCACAGCAGUUCUUACCUCAGAUCUGUAGAAAGUAUUUAAGGCAUAAACAAUGAAAUGGCUUUAUGAGUACAACUCUUUUCACUAAAUGCUUUCAUUAGGCAGAUUCUUGCCACACAUGUGCUAUCAUGUCGCCUGACAGGAAAACGUUUACAUUGAGCCGGUCAUAUAAUUAUCUAGGAUAUCCUAUUAUCCUGUUAAUUUUCUUGUGAAGACUUUGUGUUGUUAGCAGCGAGUUAGGAAAAAAAAAAAAAAAAGAAAAAAAAAUGUGCUAAAAAGCAGCAUGAAUAAAAUCAGCAAUUUGUGUAAUGUGUGGUGAAUUCAAGUACCAAUCAGUUGUGUAUUACUCUUUGGAAUCACGGUUCUCAGUAUCUAAUCACUGUAAAAUUGUUAAAAGGAAAAUAAACAAUUUGGUUAAUAACUUAGGAGUCUUCAACAGGUGAAAUACAGUCACGUAUGAAAAUCUCUAAAUUUGCCUUGAUGAUGAUGAUGAUGAUGAUGAUGCUAUGUAUGUAGUUAAUGGUGGAGAUGGAAGCAUUAAACUGGAUUAACUUGCA